GGGGCAGCUGUUCAGGCUGCUUUGUUGUGUGAUGACAUCAAGAAUGUUCCUAAGUUGGUGCUGCAGGAUGUUACACCUUUGUCUCUUGGUAGGUCUGUACUAGGAGAUAUCAUGGAUGUGGUGAUUCCGAGGAACACUUGCAUUCCCGUCAAGAUGACCAAAACAUAUGUUACAAUCAAAGAUAACCAAUCCAGUUCCAUGAUUGAGGUUUAUGAGGGUGAGAGAACAAGAGCUAGUGACAACAAUUUGCUUGGUUCAUUUAUUCUUUCUGGUCAUACCCUGGCUCCUCGUGGCCAUCCUUUGGAUGUCUGUUUUGCUAUAGAUGAAAAUGGUAUUUUGACAGUUUCUGCUAAGGAAAAGUGAAGUGGCAAAAUGAAUGAAAUUACAAUAUCCAAUCACAAAGAAAGGAUGUCAGCUGAAGAAAUUAAAAAAUUGAUUAAAGAAGCUGAGAGUUACCAUGUUGAGGACAUGAAAUUCCUAAGGAAGGCUGAAGCAGUGAAUGCAUUGGAUCACUACAUUUACAAAAUGAGAAAUGCUUUAAAGAAAAAAGAUAUUAAUUUGAAGCUUUCCUCACAAAAGAUCAGGAAGAUUGAAUCCGCAAUUACAGUGGCCACAAAUAUGCUUGAUGAGGAUCACCAUCACAAUGAUUCACAUGUUCUCGAGAAUCAUUUGAAGGAGCUCAAGAUUGAGUUUGAUUACAUCAUUGCUAAGACAAUUUAGAUUGCUUUAUCCUCUAGAAGAUUUUAAGUAUUUUCUUAAGUAAGGUUUGACGAAUUUUGUAGUGUGAACUUGCAUUUAAAUGAACUGGAUCAAUCCUAUGUUAAAAUUUAACUUUUUAAAUUACUGAGGUCAGCAACUGUUAUACAUGGGAAUGAAUUGGUAUACAAUAGUG